AUGAUGUGUAGUAGUGAUAGUAGUUCUAGCACCUUAGAAUCUCCAACUACUUCGAAAUCUACUAAAAGGCGUAAGGUUUAUGGUCGAAUGACUGCAGCCAGGAAAAAAAUUAACCUACAAAGUCAUACUAUGGGAAAAGACUGUUACUGCCGUUUAAAAUGUUUCGAAAGGGUUUCGCUAGACAAUAGGCAUAAACUCUUAAGAAAAUUUAAUCUGAUGAAAUCACAUCAUGAACAAAAUACUUACUUAUCCGGAUUAAUUAAUGUUAUUCCUGUACAGAGAAGAAGACCACGCAAGUAUGAAAGAGAUGCAAAGUUUCGUGAAGCUACUUAUAAAUACAGAGUACGUAUUGUUAAUGAAAAUAAUAUAGUUGAAGAUAUUGAAGUGUGUAGAAAUGCUUUUAUUUCGACUCAUGGGAUAACAAAAAGACGCCAAAGUCAUUACAGUCUAAGUGACUCAUCAAAAAUUUACGUCUCCGAAGAGCUCAAUAUACGAAAAAUGUACAAGAUGUAUUGUCAACUACAAAAUUCAAAAAAUCUAUCAUAUGAGACCAACCGAUCAUUAUUUAAUAAAGAGUUUAAUAUUUCGUUUGGCUAUCCGCGUACUGACACAUGCAGUACAUGUGAUGAAUUUUUAGCAAAAAUAAGAUGCUUGGAGACAGAGAAACGGGAACAGAAAAAUGCCGAAGAUGUUAUAAAAAUUGAGAAGAAAAUUAAAGAUUUAAGAACUGAAAAUAAAGUACACAAAAGAAAAGCGGCCACUUUUUAUGAAAGCAGAAGAUAA